CAGAAAGAACAGUCAAAAUGCAGACAGGGCACAGGACAAAGCACUCGGGACAAAAUGUAUAAAAAAAAUGACAUUUUUUUAAAAUUUUCUAAUUUCCCGCCGGUUCCGGCACCCAUACGUCCCGAUGUCACAGGGACCGGAAUACAGAAGCCGGAUGCUGGUAUCGGCCAGAGGAGAUGGCCGGGGACGCUGCAGGGGACACAUCGCGGGAGUGAAGGACAAGGUAAGCUCUGCAGGGAAUCCCUAUGCAGCGCCGCAUGGUAAGUCCGAGUGUAGGUCGGGGUUACCGCUUUUGGUACUGAAAU